AUAUUAAACUAGUGAUUGCAAACAGCUCCGAAGUCUCUCCAUUGACUGUCAGCCAAUUGCAAAAUAAAAUUCAUCGUAUCUACUAACUUUUGAGGCUCUUGAUUGCUUACACGACAGAUACAGUAAUAUAUUGUCUUACAGUCAAUGAACGAACAGAACUCCAAACGACUAUCGAUUGGUGGUGAUGCCCAAACAAAAAAGCUUGAAACGUGGCGUAUUGUGAACAAUUAGAAAACGUGAUGGGAAGAGCACCGUUUUUAACGUAAUUGAAUAUCAUGCGGCCAUAGACCAGUAUUACCAAUCCAAAACACAGGUUUCUACAUGCUUGCCUGUUUAAAUCAGACCUCAAUUCUAGAGCAGUAUGGUCUGCAUUUGAGAGAACUUUUACACAAUGAGUUAGGGCAAGCUGUGACAAACUUGAAGUACACAUUUCAUUAUCACUCCACCAUGUAAGUUUAGUAACAACGUACAGUCUAAUUUGCUCCUUUAUAUGAUACCACAGACUGUUGUGAAGAUGAAAUAAGGGCGAAUCCAGACGUGAUUAGUCAGCAGCUCCGCGCAUUGGCAAAGAAGCCUCUUUGAUAGCUGGUCAAGAAGGUGAGCGUUACGAUUUCUUAGCGUAGCCAAACAUCUUUGAUAGUUUUCGAAAGUUUAGACAGCACCGUUUCGACUUAUAAGUGCUUCGAAACAGAGUUUUGAAACGGCCUGACCUCGUGAUACAGGAUAUUUUUCAUUCAGCUUGGCUUGAACGUACAUCGAUCUUUUGGCCACGAAAAUGAGAGAGUUGUUGGCCUUAUGAUUCAGAUUUGCUGCGUCAGAAUACUAGAAGUUCUCUCACUAUGUUGUUAUUGAUUAACCAACUUGACACAUUUUGACUUGUUCAAUUAUCAUCAUGCAGAAAAGUCUAUAAACUUCAUAUGUGAAUAUGUACUUUGAAAACUUACAAGAUCAGGUAGCGGAAAGAGAAUAUGUUUUCGCAUCAAUACAUUCCCAACAAAAAGGAGCACUAGAAUACAAGUAAUCAUUGUUAGAAAUAUAAACUGAAGCAGAACUAGUGAAUUCAAUGCCAGCCAAAGAAAUCAUAAUAUUAUUGUAGCGGUAGCCAACGAUAUGAUAAUUGGUGGCGGGGGUUCCAUUACAUUUGAACCCACGUAUAUUUGAACCCAUGACAAUUGCACCCGUAUGAAUUUACACCUAUGGAUUUUUUUUGUUUUUCGGAUAGUUGAACCCAUACUAACCCUAACCCAUGGGUUUUAGCACUCGCAUAUAGAUUGAACCCGUGGAUAUACACAUGGGUUCAAAUGUACGUGGGUUCAAAUGUACGGUCACCGGUGGCGGGCAGUGAUUGAGAUAGUUGCAGAAGACAUGGCGAUGAGUCCGCUGGCUUUUGAAAUGGUUAGCUUGCUUUGCACAAGUUCAAUGGUUGAUUAUUCAUGCAUCUAAAAUUAGGCCAUCUAGUUUCAACAGGGCCUCGUCAGUGUUUCCUGCGAUCAACGUUAUGAUAAAAAUGUCUGAAACUAUUUAUUUAUUGAAAGCAUGGCAUUAUUUCAAAUUCGUAUUUAUAUAAUUAUUGCAUUUCAUUGUUUGAGUAUUGUAGGGUUAUCAUUGCGUUAUGGAUGCAAACAUAGUACCAAUUUUUCUUCACCGUUUUAAGGUUGUAAUUUUGUUGUUCCGAUAAAACUUUAUCACAACGGCCUACUAUUCGUAUUUCAUCCCAACGCUAGUUAUCGUUCAUGUUUGCGUCUGUGAGUUUAUUAUUCAAUCUGCAGUGCAUAUCAUGGAAUAUCGUGAGAAAAGUCACAUAUUUGUAAUCAAGAAAUAGUAACUUCUGUAUUUAUCAAGCAUUCAUAUCAAUUCUUGGGGCAUUUGGAAUCUUUGUUUCCAUUUCGCUCAAAUAAUUGGUUAAAUAGCUUGGAUACUUUAGCGUUUGGUAGAAAAAUCUAUCCAUGGUUUUCAUGUCUGCCCUACUUUUUGAUUGAUGGACUCGUAUUACUCGAAAUUUGUAAAAAAAAGCCUGCGAUAAACAAGCGUUUGGGUGAAUUGAACCCUGUAGAAAACUAACCUUCGCCUAUAAAGUUCGAAGGCUAUUGCGCAGUCUUUUUUCACAAUUUAAAGCAACGUUCGUCCCAAUCCCAGGAUACGUUGACCACUUGCUAUAUAGACAAUUAACAACUAUAAAUGACACUCUCUUUGGGAAAAGAAACCUGACUGUUUAGUUUACUUGUUUACACGGCUACGGGAGAACAAAUCUGACAUUAAAACAGAUCGAAUAAAAAAACGGAAAAUCCAUUUCCUCGGGAUACAACAGCAUUACGACUGCUUUGUACUUUGGAACACAUCCUUAUUUAUUCGGCAAAUAUUUGAAUAUGACUAAAUAGAACAUGUCUACAAAUACACGAGCAAGGAGAAACAAUACAAAGGAGUGGGAUGGAGUUGAAAAUAUCUCACACGAAAACGAGGAGUCUGAAAAAACAUCGAAUGGCUGCUAUAUCAAAGCAAGACAUAUAAUCGUGUUGAUGUCAUUUAUUGCAAAGUUCAACUUAUUUUCGAUGAGAACCAAUCUCAGUGUUGCUAUUGUUGCCAUGGUGAAUCAAACUGAUGAAGAUACCUCAGCUAACACAUCUGAUGUUUGUCCUGACCAUGGAAGUUCAGAAAUAGAUGAAAAUGGGGAGAAUGGGUCUUUCAACUGGGAUAUUGGACAAGAAAGUUUGCUUUUAGGAUGCUAUUAUUACGGAUAUAUAAUUUCGAAUGUUGUCGGAGGGUAUUUGGCAAAAAGAUUUGGAAUAAAACUUGUUCUUGGAAUCUCGAUGCUUUUGUCUUCUAUUGUCACAAUAUUAAGUCCUCCGAUUGCUAAAUCCAGUUUUGGACUGUUUGUGGCUGCGAGAAUACUACUUGGAGUGCUACAGGGACCACUCGCUCCAUCAGUUCAUGCUGCUAUUGGAAAAUGGAUUCCACCGCUGGAACUAACAAAAGCUGUUGCAAUAGCUUCUUGUGGAAAUUGUAUCGGAACACUAGUCACACUCCCUGUAGCCGGAAUAAUAGCAGAUCAACUAGGAUGGGAAGCAGUAUUUUAUAUAACAGGCGGUAUCGCUUUACCAUGCUCAAUGCUGUGGAUUGCUGUCGUUCAUGAUUCACCAUCUGAUCAUCCAAGAAUUUCAGAAGAAGAAAAAUCGUAUAUUGAAAAGACAACGGGGAUAUCUCAAGAGGAAAGUGACCAACCAACUCCAUGGAAAGCAAUAUUUACGUCAAUUCCACUUUGGGCCACAACUGUAGGAUUUUUUGCUUGUAAUUGGGCAUCGCACACGUACUUGUCUCUACUACCAACGUACAUGUCUUCAAUACUUCGAUUUAAUCUUGCUGCUAGUGGAGCACUUUCUGCCCUUCCUUAUUUGUUGCAAUUCUUCACAUUGCUGGCAGCUGGAUAUUUUUGUGAUAUCAUCCGUCAACGACGUAUCGCAAAAACAGUUACAGUGAGAAAAGUGAAUUCGUUUUUGUCUCUGAUUAUUCCGAGUAUAUUCAUUGUACUAGCCGGCUACAGUGGUUGCAAUGUUGCGGCAGCAGUGAGUUUUUUCAGCAUUUCGGUAGCCUUUCUUGCAUUUAAUGUGACAAGUCAUGAAGCAAAUAUCAUAGAUUUAGCACCAAGAUAUAGUGGGAUUACUUGCGGAGUCAUUAAUGCCAUUGGAAACUUUCCCGGAUUUCUUGCGCCUCAAAUGGCCGGACUUAUUCUUCUGAACGGGCAAACCAUUCAGCAAUGGCAGUAUGUAUUUUGGAUGUCGGCAUUAGUUGCUACUGUCGGAUUCAUAUUUUUUGCUAUAUUUGGCUCUGGAGAAGUACAAUCUUGGGCCAUUCCGCCUGAUGUUAAUGAUACUUCAAUUUCCGACACGGCGUCGUCUAGCAAAGUUUAUGAACGAUCAGAAAACAUAACCACUUUCAAUAAAAAGGAACUUCCCGAUGUUCAGAACGAUAAACUUUGAAUCCUACGCGUUUGGCUUCAGAUCCGACGCCAGGGACGAUCGACACCCCAACCAGUGUAUGGGUGUAUUUAUACUCAGAUAUUAAUAUAAUUUAAAUCCAUACGAUAUUUUCUAAGUAUAUUGAUCUUUCGAAACAGU